AUGAAUAGGAGAGGUCCUAAGCUUGUCUCCCCAUAUCGGAUUCUAUGGCCUCUAACUGUCUGGUUGCUUUCAGAUCAUGGUGAAUUCACAAACUGCAAGAAUCUUAGUCAUGAUCAGAGUGCAGAUGCUUCUUUACAUCUUCAAAAUCAAAGAAGCCAAGUGGGAAAUGUAUGUUCUGAAUGUGGGAAAUGUUUUCUUAAGAAAUCACAUCUUUCUAAACCUCUGAAAAUUCAUACAGGAGAAAAGCCAUUUUCCAGUUCUAUAUGUGCAAAAUGUUUUAACUAUAACACAAAUCGUAUUGCUCGUCAGAGAAUUCACACAGGAGAGAAAGCAUUUCCAUGUUCUGACUGUGGGAAAUGUUUUACUGUGAAAGCAACUCUUAUUGCACAUCAGAAAAUUCAUACAGGGGAGAAAGCAUUUUCAUGUUCUGACUGUGGGAAAUGUUUUACUCAGAAAUCACAUCUUAGUGUACAUCAGAAAACUCAUACAGGAGAGAAAGCAUUUUCAUGUUCUGACUGUGGGAAAUGUUUUAUUCAGAAAUCACAUUUUAUUUUACAUCAGAAAACUCAUACAGGAGAGAAAGCAUUUCCAUGUUCUGACUGUGGGAAAUGUUUUACUAUGAAAUCAACUCUUAUUACACAUCAGAAAAUUCAUACAGGAGAGAAAGCCUUUUCAUGUUCUGACUGUGGGAAAUGUUUUACUUUUAAAACAAAUCUUAUUGCACAUCAGAAAACUCAUACAGGAGAGAAAGCCUUUUCAUGUUCUGAUUGUGGGAAAUGUUUUACUAUGAAAUCAACUCUUAUUGCACAUCAGAAAAUUCAUACAGGAGUGAAAGACUUUUCAUGUUCUGACUGUGGGAAAUGUUUUACUAUGAAAUCAACUCUUAUUACACAUCAGAAAAUUCAUACAGGAGAGAAAGCCUUUUCAUGUUCUGACUGUGGGAAAUGUUUUACUAUGAAAUCACAUCUUAUUGGACAUCAGAAAAUUCAUACAGGAGAGAAAGACUUUUCAUGUUCUGACUGUGGGAAAUGUUUUACUAUGAAAUCACAUCUUAUUGUACAUCAGAAAAUUCAUACAGGAGUGAAAGCAUUUUCAUGUUCUGACUGUGGGAAAUGUUUUGCUACGAAACCAACUCUUAUUAGGCAUCAGAAAACUCAUACAGGAGAGAAACCAUUUUCAUGUUCUGUCUGUGGGAAAUGUUUUACUUUGAAACCAACUCUUAUUAGGCAUCAGAAAAUUCAUACAGGAAAGACUUUUCAUGUUCUGACUGUGGGAAAUGUUUUACUAUGAAGUCAACUCUUAUUACACAUCAGACAACUCAUACAGGAGAGAAAGACUUUUCAUGUUCAGACUGUGGGAAAUGUUUUACUAUGAAAUCAACUCUUAUUGCACAUUAGAAAAUUCAUACAGGAGAGAAAGCAUUUUCAUGUUCUGACUGUGGGAAAUGUUUUACUAUGAAAUGAAUUUAUUCGUUCUUUACUUAAAGAA